AUACUGCCUUGGAGUGACUUUGCUAAGUCCAAGUUUGCCUGCUGCACUGUUCAGUCAGGUGAAAAAUUGCUACAAAAAUCUCCAAAGUGAGGAAGAAAAGAAAUAGUUAUUCCUGACGGCGUGGUUGGGGCCCUUUCAGUGGUGCUUUUAUGGUGAUGCUCUAUAGCUUCCAUAUUCUUCUCCCGUUCAUGAAGGGGCAGACUGACAACUCAUGGGGCCCCUCGGGCAGUAGGGGAUCAUGGGGCCCCUGUGUCCUCGCCCACACUCAAACCACACCCAAAAAAGCCUAUGAAAGGUACCAGGGACAUCUCAUGGGGCCCCCUACUGACCCCGGGCCCUCGGGCAGUGCCCAAGUUCCCCAAUGGUCAGUCCGCCCCUGC